CUGAACUUCAGCAUCGCGAGUGUGAUAAAUUCGGCAACUGGACCUUCAGCUACGCCCUAAACGUCGCAAUUCCUCAGCAAAAGGUCAAUUUCGCGAGUUUCACAGCGCUUGAAACCACGAAUCUAUCAUGGAGAUCGAUAUCGCUGCCGCCCAGGCUGGCGCGCAAGCAAAGACACUCGAACCAGUCGAGAAAAUCAUCGGCCCCGGCGAAGCCGCCUCGGGUGCCUCUGUAGGCGAUUCCAAAUCCGACUCUAGGCCCGAGUACGACUCAGAAGGAGCCACCUCCGACGAGAUCACCUUCCACCCGCACCGCAUGACGCUCUCCACAUUCCGCCGCCUUCUCUCGUGCUACCAGACCACAGUCGAGCAAGUGCACCGGCGCAAAGCCAUGCUGAAGCUGCAGCCCAAGCCGGAGAAGGGCCCGAAGCGAAAAGCCGAGAAGAAGACGAACCCGGUUUCAGCCAGCUCGCAAGGUGCGGUGUCGCUCCAGAAGACCGAGUUUACUGCUUCGGAGGAAGAGUAUAUCAAGGAAGAGACGGACAAGUUGUUGAAGCUGGAUCGGUGGCGGUACGAGGAAAUGCCCAAGAUUAUGGGGGAGAGGCGGGAGAAGAAGAAUGGCGAGGUGUUGAAUAGGGAUGAUCUGAUUACCGUCAUGGAAUGGAAGACGAAACAUGGUACUCCCCGUCCAACUCUCAUGGGGAUGGUCAAGUCAAACCAGAAUAAGAAUGUGAUCCAGUGUUCUUCUACUGCCAUGGCCGCCCUUUCGACUGAAGAUCCUAUACUCGCGCCGAACGAGGCCUUCCCCAGACCAAGUAUAGACGCCUUCGGCCCCCUCCGCGGCGUUGGUGUAGCCACCGCCUCGCUGAUCCUCUCAAUGGCCACCGCUACCGGCAAUCCGAAGCAGCAAGUCCCAUUCUACAGCGACGACGUCUUCGCCUGGUUAUGCCUGCAAGAGUUCCCCGAACCAGAGGAAGACGACUACGAAGAAGAAGAAGACGCAGCCGAGAAGGAGCAAAAAUCCGACGGCAAAGACCGUGGUCCCCGCUCACCAAACAUCAAACUCAGAUAUCCCAACAGCGAACUAAAACUCAAAUACACCAUCGGUGAAUACCGCAAACUCUGGGAUGCAAGCUGGGAACUCCACGAUCGUCUCAACCGCGCCGUGGAAGCCGAAUCCAAAUCUCCAUCGACACCCAUCUCCCACACUGACAUUGAAAAAACCGGCUACGUGCUACGCAAUAUCGCCUUGUCGGGCUAUUUCGAGGGCCAAGGUCCGAAAAAUGCUGCCCGGACAGCGACUCGGCAGAAGGUGCGCGAUGAGGCUGCUCUAAAGGUCGGAAAGGCGGAAAAGGUUGAGAACGAAACCCGGGGGAGGAAUGUUAAGAGGAGAAAGGUGUAGUAGGUGGGGUUUGAGGUAAUGGGUGAUGGGUGAUGUAAAUGUUAAAAUGCAUGAGAAUAGGUUGGUGAGGUGUUAUUAGCGUGUUGUGUAUAUCCAAUCUCCUAUAUUAAUAUUGAUAAUUGUAUAAUCUUAUCUAGAACAUAGCUUUCCAC